UGUCACUAAAUCCCAUUCCACUUCCUCCUUAGAAAAAAAUGGAAGAAGUUCAAAUCAUCUCUGCUUGUUUAGUUGGAGCAUCUUCAAACUCAAGCAAUGGCAACAAACUCAUUUCCCAAAAUAUUGAAAUGACACCAUGGGACUUGCAAUUCCUCCUUGUUGACACUAUCCAAAAAGGUCUACUCUUCAAAAAACCAACUCCUCAACAACAAGAAAAAAACAACACUAAUAUGUUCAAAUCAUUGAACUCCACUGUUUCUUUAGUUGACCACUUGAAAACCUCGCUUUCGCGCACCUUAGACUUUUUCCCUCCUCUAGCCGGUCGUUUUUCUGCUACCAAAAAUCCCAACGAUGACUCAAUUACUUCUUUUUCCAUCACUUGUGAUAACUCUGGAGCUGAAUUCACUCACGCGAUCGCUCAAGAGUUAACAGUAAAGGAGAUUCUUGAAUCUUGUUACGUGCCAACUAUUGUUCAUUCACUUUUCCCACUCAAUAAAGUACGUAACAUGCAAUGUGUUACAAAGCCUCUCCUUGGAGUACAAGUAACAGAACUCGUAGACGGUUAUUUCAUUGGUUGCACUAUGAGUCAUAGUGUAGGCGACGGGACUUGUUUCUGGCAUUUCUUUAAUUCUUGGGCUGAAAUAUCCCGUGGAUUUGAGUUUAUUAGUCGAUUUCCGGUGUUAAAAAGAUGGUUUCCUGAGAAUAUAAAGACUCCAAUUCAACUCCCAUUGAAAUUGGAUGAUGAAAAAUUAUAUGAGUGUAUGGAGCUGCCAAUAUUGAAGGAAAGGAUUUUUCAUCUCAGUAAAGAAAGUGUGUGUAAAUUGAAAGCAAAAGCUAACUCUGAAAUGGGUACUAAGUCCAUUUCUUCUCUGCAAGCUUUCUUGGCUCAUCUAUGGAGGUCCGUUACUCUUUGUCGUCAGGUUAACGCCAACGAAGAAGUCACACUCACCAUCAUCAUAGGCACUAGAACUAGGCUAAAUCCGCCUCUACCCGAAGGUUACUGGGGAAAUGCAGCAUAUUUGAAGCCAAUUAAGAUAACAGCAGGGGAAAUACUAGAAAAAGGACUUGGCUGGGCAGCAUUGCAAAUGAACAAAGUUGUUGCUUCACAAAACUAUGAAGAAGUGGUCAAUUUAUACGAAGGGUGGGUGGAAAAGCCUGUGAUAUUUAGUAGAAAUGCACUUUUUGUGGCUAAUAGAUUGACAAUUAGUAGUUCACCAAAGUUUAGUAUUUAUAGUUGUGAUUUUGGUUGGGGCAAACCAGUGGCUGUGAGGAGUGGGAUGGCAAAUAAAGGUGAUGGAAAAGUUACAUUAUUUCCUGGAGUUGAAGAAGGAAGUGUAGAUAUUGAAGUUUGUCUUGUGCCUGAGACUUUGUUAGCAAUGGAGAAUGACUCAGAAUUCAUGGAAUUUGUUACUGUCUCAACUACUUAGGUAUCACAAAAAUCGCUAAAUCAUUUUUUCUUAACAAAAAGGUUACUCAAUUUUGCCGAAUUAAGUAUCACAGGAAGUUACUGUGGGAGGAGACAAAGGAGACGUUUUUAUGAUACUUAGUCAAAAUUGACCAACUUUUUGGUUCAUAAAGAUUGCUUAGUGGCUUUCCGUGAUACCUAGCCAGUGAUUCUUUUGUUACGAGAUAUAGUUUAAUGAUUUUGGUGAGAUGAAAUAAAAGUUGAGUGAGCAUCCGAGAAAUUACCCGCACUUCUUGAUGAUGGAGUUGUGUUAGGAAUUAGGAGGGUGUUUUUUUGUUCUGUACUGUUUGGUUUAAUCAAACAAUAAAGGGUCCUUUAGUUGGUGUGUGGCAAGGAGAGUUAAUGUUUACACUACAA